AUGGCGAGCUCUCGCCUGCCUCUGCUGCUUCCGCUGCUCCUCGUCCUCGCGCUUUCCCUCGCGCCGUCGCUCUCCACCCACGGAUCUGCCCUCGCCCGCUCCAUCUCCGCAAGUGACGUCAGCGACGGCGACAUUGACAGCUAUCUUAGGGGGAGUGCCAGUAACGAGGGGGACUCUGCCGCGGUGGCGGUGCCGGGAGCGGAGGAGCAGCAUGAAGGCAGGAAGCUCCAGCAGCAAGUCGCAUGUGGAAAGGACUCCAUUCGCUUUACCAACCGCUUAGUUUCGGAUGCCAUGAAUGGCUCCGCUACUCUUGGACAGGGAUCGGAGGAGCAUGUGCGCCGAUCUCUCCAGCGGCAGCAAGUCUCAUGUGACCAGAACUCACUUCUUAUCACCAACCGCAUCGUGUCAGACCAGGGCAACGGCACCAAGGCUUAUAUUCUGGAAUUGCCAAAUGGGUACGAUUUUUGCAGCCGGCAACACUAA